CCCUACCUACCUGACCUUACCUCUCCAUCCGCCUACCCACCUCUCCUCUCUCCCACGAUCGUUACUGUACUCACGCCCAUUGACUCUACACACAGCUGCACCACUUCCAGCCAUCGUUUCACCAAUUUCCUCCCAAUCUCCCUCGAGCUGCUCUUCCUACAAGCAACGCGUGCGAGUCACCAUCUGCAGGCGGCAGCGCCAGACACCUUGAUACAGCACGCCAAAUCCGAGACGCAGGCCACCACGCGCCUUCGCUCGAGCGGGCACACCUUCGUUUCUACACCUCACUGGAGGCAGCACAAUGUCCUCACAUCUUCACGCUCGUCCUUCUCAAGCCAGCCCACGCUUCUCUCGCGAAGGCUUCCAGCCCAUCCCCGCGGGCCACACAGAUAACAUGUCCACCAAUUACACGGGCUACGGCGGCAACGACGCGACCAUCGACAUACCUCUCGAACAAGUCCAGACCAACGCGAGCGUCGGCGGAGGACGACGCAAUGCGAAUCACACAGCCGAGAACCUGCACGCCAUGAACACGACUUCAGAAAAGCAAGGCAGCGGCGGAUUCUUCAGAGGCCGACGAGUCAAGCCUGUAACGGAUGGCAGCGCAGACAAGAAGGGGUUUGAAGAGGAAACUGACAAACUGACGACCAUGGGCAAAGUCUACUACAAGAUUUUGAACUUCUCCAUCAUCACCAGGUACUUGCUCUACGUCAUACCCCUGGGUGUCUUGCUUGCCGUGCCCAUCAUUGUGGGCAGCUUUUACAGCGACCGCGAUACCCCCAAGAUUGCCGGAGUCCCAAUACUCUGGUUCUUCGUGUGGAUAGAGAUCGUGUGGUUUAGUUUGUGGAUCAGCAAGCUCAUAGCACACUUUUUACCAUUCCUCUUCCAAACGCUGGUGGGUGUGGUCUCUUCUGGAGUGCGGAAAUAUGCAAGCGUCAUUCGAAAACUCGAGAUUCCUCUGUCGCUGGUCGGAUGGGCCGUUGCUUCUCUGGCGACGUUCAAGCCUAUCAUGACGAGAAAUCCCUACAACAGCCAGUCCACGCACGCCUUGAACGCAGGAUCGGGAACCUGGGUGGAUAUCGUCCAAAAGGUUCUCGCUGCGGCAGUAGCCAGCACGCUGGUUUUCUUGGCCGAGAAGCUCAUCAUUCAGCUCAUCAGCAUCAACUACCACGCAAAGCAGUUCAAUUCGAGAAUCAAGGAUUCGAAGAGACAGGUUUACAUCCUCGGACUCCUGUAUGAUGCAUCGAAGGCCAUCUUUCCGCAGUACUGUCACGAGUUUGCCGAAGAAGACUACGCAAUCGCCGACCAGAUCAACUUGGCUGUCUUUGGCGCGAAGAAGAAGAAGAGGGCCCACCACCGCCGCUCCGGCUCUGCGACGCCGAUGAAGAUGCUGCAGACUGUUGGACGUGUCGGUGAUAAAGUCACAUCCGCGUUCGGUAAUGUUGCAUCCGAGAUUACGGGCAAAGAAGUCUUCAACCCAAACAGCUCUCACUCGAUCGUAGUUCAGGCACUAGAGAAGCGUCGCACUUCGGAAGCUUUGGCCCGUCGGAUCUGGAUGAGCUUGGUAGUGGAAGGUCACGACCAGCUAUCCGAGGACGACAUCGCCGAAGUUCUUGGCCCGGAACGUGGGCAUGAAGCUGAAGAAGCAUAUGAAGCCCUCGAUCGUGAUGGCAACGGCGAUAUCUCCCUGGAUGAAAUGAUACAGACCAUCGUCGAAUGGGGUCGCGAGCGUAAGGCGAUUGCGGUCUCCAUGGUCGAUGUCGCUCAGGCCAUCAGCGUCCUGGAUCGUAUGCUGUGCGCUAUCGUGGUGGUCGCCAUCGUCUUCAUCUUCAUUGCUUUCCUCAACACCAGCUUCGUCACCACUCUGGCCACUGCUGGUACAGCACUUUUGUCGCUCUCUUUCGUCUUCUCAGUCUCAGCGCAAGAGGUUCUUGGUUCUUGCAUCUUCCUUUUCGUCAAACAUCCAUUCGACGUCGGCGACCGGAUCGACAUUGGAGACAACGCGUAUGUCGUCGAGCACAUCAGUCUGCUCUAUACAGUGUUCAAGCGUGCAUAUGGCCCCAAGACGGGACAGCUCUGCCAGUACCCCAACGUUGUGCUGAACAGUCUUUCCUUGGACAAUGUCUCUCGCAGUCAGGCUCAGACCGAGCAGAUAACGAUCGAUGUCUCCUUUGACACAAGUUUCGACGACGUCCAGCUGCUCAAGAACGAGCUCAACAAAUUUGUCACGGACAGAGAGAACAGCCGCGACUUCCAGCCCGAAGUCGAGGUCGAAGUUCUCGGCACUUCUGAUUUGUCCAAGAUGCAACUCAAGGUUGAAAUCAGACACAAGACCAAUUGGGCCAACGAGACUCUUCGCGCGGCGCGUCGCAGCAAGUUUAUGUGUGCCUUGAUCGCUGCCCUUCGUGCUGUGCCGAUCUAUGCUCCGGGAGGUGACGCAGACGCUGCGGGCAGCGCUGCCAAUCCAAACUACUCAGUCGCCAUUUCCGACUCUGAGGCAAGGGAGAACGCGGAGCAAGCAGCACAAGAUAGGGAGAAGGCGCGCAUGAUACCAACUAAGAAAGUCGACGAGUCUGGAGCCGCUGGAGCAAAUCUGAGUCCUAAUGCUGCAAACAAAGGCGUUUCUCCGGGUUUAAGCUUUCAGGACCCAGCAAUCGGGGAGUUGAAUGCGCGCGACCCAGCUAAGGAUACUGCACGAGACAACCCAGGCAACGCUUGGGCGACUGGCCGUGACGAUAGCUCCAGUACUUUGGGCGAGCGUUCCAGUAUUGACCAGCAGGACCUCGACGAUGUUCGCAGCCUCCUCGAGCGAGGAAACACCAGAGGCAAGAGAAAGCCGAGCGUCCGAGGUGGCUCCCGCCAACUCCGCGACGCACCAAGUGUGCCUGCUAUCAAUGAGCCGCGAGCAACUGGCUCGAACUCUUCCGAACCCUACAGACCAACGCUCGCCAGUGUGCCGUCGCAGUUCCAGACUGCGCAGAGCAAUCUUCCCACUAUCAGCACCACAUCGCCCGUGGAAAUGAGCCAGCUUCCACAACGCACCACCAGCAAUCCGUAUAGAAAUCGACAGCAGCCAGGACAGUUUUCUCCUACGACUGGUCGAGUGGAUGAAUAUGAUGACGAGUUUGGUAACUCGAGGCCUUAUUCUGGUGUGUAGGGAAACAUGAGCAUGGAAGACCACAGUUAUGAAUAUGAACCCACAGACGCGAACCGGCAUCAGCACUGCCCAAGCGUAGGGAGGACAAUGGGGAAGGAAGUCAGGCGACUGUAACAACAGCUUCUAAACCAGUCUGGCCGAAGUGCUCUGGCCACGCUGUCGUUUCUUUUCUGUACAAAAAAAGCGUGAGUUUUUUAGUGUUUCUUCACGUAGCAUACGAUACACAUGGACUAUAUGUAUAGGUCACACAGAUGUGUCUGAAACUUCUCUUUAUCUCUGUGAUGAGCCAGCUAUACGAGCGGCACUGCCUGUGGAUCAACUUUGCCCAAACAUACACCAUAUUCCGAAAUUUGUACAGCCUUGGUCGCAUACAUGCAUACAAUUCAUCAGAUCAUCAAAUCAUAUCCUCAUCACAUCCAUCCAGAUCAC